GGCGAAUCGUUCGGAUACGAUCACAUUGAUGGUUCAAAAGAUCCUGAAGUUCUGGUUGUUCCUGUUGUCAUGCCUGGUCACGCCGUUCAUCAUGCUGCAGGCGUUGAGGAAACGGAAACAACUGCCACCGAUCAAGAAUCAUCAUCUGUUGGUCUCCGCCACUGAACUCGCAAGGCGAAUUCGCACGAAGGAGGUGACCAGCGAGGAAGUCGUUAAAGCCUACAUAGAGAGGUGCGAGGAUGUGAAUCCGAUAUUGAACGCGAUCGUCGAGACGAGAUACGAGGCCGCGAUUCAAGAGGCUCGUAAAGUCGACGAGUUUCUCGCCGGGACCACGGAAACCGUGGAGGAACUGGCGCGAACGAAACCGUUGCUCGGUGUCCCGAUGACGGUCAAGGAAAGCAUCGCCGUACAAGGGCUGUCUCACACAGUCGGUGUUAAGAAAAAGGUUCCCAUCAGAGCAGACGAGGACGCGGAUGUUGUGACCAAAAUACGGGAAGCUGGUGCGAUUAUUCUGCUCGUUAGUAACACUCCGGAACUCUGUCUGGCCUGGGAGACCAGCAAUCUAGUAACCGGUUCCACUUGGAACCCGUACGACACCAAUCGAACCUCUGGCGGCUCCUCGGGCGGUGAGGCAGCCCUUUUGGGUUCCGCUGGGUCCGUUGUGAGUCUUUCGUCGGACAUCGCUGGCUCGGCCCGAUUUCCGGCUAUGUGUUGCGGAGUUUUCGGCCACAAACCCACCGCUAAUUCUGUGAGCUCCAUGGGCCAUAACCCGACAUCCACCGACAAGAAUUGGAACAAUUAUUUCAGUAUAGGCACGAUGACCAGAUACGCGGAUGAUCUCGAUUUGAUAAUGAGGAUCAUAUCACACUCGGGCGAUGUUUCUCGUCGUUUCGAACAAACGGUGUCCUUAAAGAAUAUGAAAUUCUAUUACCUGGAGGAAUGCUGCGGAGUUACGUGCUCCAUCAGCCGCGACAUGAAGGAACCCAUUCACAAACUAAGGAUGCACCUCGAGACAACCUAUGGGACUAAGGUGCAAAAGGCGAGGUUGCACGACAUGAAGUUUGCUUUCGACAUAGCGACUCGUUUCCUGCUGCAUAUGGACGUGGACGAUGUCACGAAGGAAUUCGCAGCUUCGGUAUCGUGCAGAAUUUUUCUGGAGAUCCUUAAAUUCAUCUUCCGAGUCUCGCCGUAUUCCCUAUCGAUAAUCGCGUACGGAUUCACGAAGUGGCUGUACAGCAAGUUCCCGAAAUCCUACUGUAACAAUAUGGCGGACAAGAUGGCGUCGCUGAAGAAGCAAUUCGAGGAUGUUUUGGGCGACAAUGGCGUGCUGAUAUAUCCGUCGUUUAUCACGCCGGCGCAUUAUCGGUAUCAGAUGUACCCGAGGAUCGCGAAUUACACUUACAUGAUGCUGUACAACGUUCUCGGAUUUCCUGUUACCCAAUGCCCGAUGGGACUGAACAGACAAGGCUUGCCUGUUGGGCUUCAAAUUAUCGCGAAUCCCGGCAACGAUCACCUGACCAUCGCCAUGGCCAAGGAGAUCCAGAACGCAUUCGGCGGUUGGCAGCAACCACCCGCCACCGAAAUCACUGUCUAAUCUAACGUCGAUCCUGCAACAGACGUUCAUAAGAUGUUCUUUCGUAAUCACCAAUGUCUUGGCGCCAAAUUUUCAAUCCAGCUGAAAAUUGGUACCAUACAUCGAAUUUCAACUAUAUCUCGUCAUCCCACCAAGGGCAUUUAGAGGAUUACUCGUCGCUGCAAGGGACAUGUGUAUCCGUGAAAAUCGUUCAACAAUUGGAUUAUCGCGUAAUGUUACUAUUCGAUGCGAUUGCAGGGAAUGAUCGAGACUAUAUCCUAGAAAGCAGGAAAAGAAAGUGUCAAAGACAGAUAUUAAUUCUUGGAUGUGAGAAAGUAGAAAGCCACGAAAAUGCUUCGA